CUUCUCUGAGGCCUAUAUAAGCAGUUUCAAAAUGAAACACAAAUCACAGAGACAGCAAUUUCCAGGCUUUGAGGAGAUCUUCAGCAUAUUUUAACUCUCGCCAUGUGGAAGACAGCCCUCUUGACCGUAGGCUUAUUGGUCGCUCUUGUCACCAGGGUGCACUCCAAUGACGGCCAUCCUGCUUUCUAUGGAGUGAAGCUGUGUGGCAGAGAGUUCAUACGAGCCGUUAUCUUUACCUGCGGUGGUUCUCGCUGGAGGAGAAGCUUAGGCGACCCAGAAGAAGCCUUUGACCCAUGGAACACAAAUCCCAUGUCUCAACAAUCCAGUGACCAGGAUCCCGCAGGGUCCAAAUCAUGGAAAGAUCCAACAUUGGACGUGGUACCUUUGGCUCCAGGAUAUGGCCACUCAGUUCACCUGCCUGUCUCAGAGGGAGUGCUGGAGGUGCUACGGAGUGCAGAUCGAAAAGGACGGGAUGCAGUGGUCGGACUGUCCAACGCCUGCUGCAAGUGGGGCUGUAGCAAGAGUGAAAUCAGCUCUCUGUGUUGAAGCUUGUUUCUUGAGAUUGUGUCUUGUCCUGUCGCUAAUGUAGAGCUCUUCUCUUUUGUGUUUGCUCCAGUUCUUCACGCUUAGAAUCCUUAUGAUUACAAUUCUGAUCCAACUAACUGUAGAUGUGUUAUGUAUGGAUGUAAGACUGUAAAUGUAAUGUGUACACAGUUUUGUAUGGUGAUUAUCACAGAUUAAUAGGCAUAUUUAUUAAAGCUUUGUGUUGGUGUUAUUACAAA